GUCUGGGUGCUAUGUGCAACACUAAAUGUCAGCUGAAGAGGGGCAAAGACACCGGGUUAUUUUAGUGGGCCAUUCCCCUGAGCGUUAGAAACUAUAAAUCUGAACCGUUUCCCCCUAUCCUCAGUUGGCGUGUGCAUCCAACACUCCAUCAGCUUUUCUCUCCCAAAGAUCUGAUAAUAGUACAUGACCAAAGAUGGCGGAUGCACCGGGCAAACCAAAGUCCAAGAUCAGCUCAGGUCGCAGACUGGGGUUGAAGAUGAAGCUGCUGUAUACAGCAUUCGACAUGCUUGUCGUUGAGAAGGAGGACAAGAUACAAGAGAGAUUGGACACACUCGCUGAACGAGUACCUCCGAUCAAGUUGUCAGGCCUGUCGGUACAGGAGCUCCAGGACCUUUGCAAAGAUCUGCAUCACAAAAUUGAUGUGGUUGAUGAGGAACGCUAUGAUGUUGAAGUCAAAGUGUUUAAAACUGACAAGGAGAUUGUGGAAAUGAAGAUGAAGGUGGCAGAGCUGACAAGGAAGAAGCCUGUGCUGAAGAGAGUGAAACUAUCCGCGGAGCAAUUGCUCCAAGUUCUCCUGGGCUCCAGCAAAUCGACGUCCGUUGACUUCAAAGCAAACCUCAAGACAGUCAAGAAAGAGGAGGAGAAGAAAGAGGAGGUGACUGACUGGCGUAAGAAUGUGGAGGCCAUGUCAGGCAUGGAGGGCAGGAAGAAGCUGUUUGACGCUGGUGGACAGUAACAGGAUCUUAAAUGGACUAAACACACUUGACUGAUUAAGUUGAUUUUUAUCACCUUUUUAUUUCUCAUGAGAAUUAUGUUUCAUGUAUGUGUUCAUCAAAUGUGUACAUUACCUUUUAGAAAAUACUAGCCAGGCAUGUACAGUAUGAUUUGAAGAUUUGAGCAAUGAAUUCAAAAUAAACAUAAGAUCUUUUGCAUAAUGGGCAUGACAACA